CCUACACCUCUCACCUCUCCCCCACCCCCAAGCUCUCCCCCGGAACUCCACUUUCUCCGCACAGACCGAGUCGCAGCUCUUCCAAGGUUCAACCCGAUCUGCCCCCUCUCGCAGGUUUUUCUCUUUUCCAACCCUUUUGCUCCCUUUUUUUUUCUGCUAUCCCACACAAUGGCGGAGAAAGGAGAACCCAUCAAGCGUGAUGUGCGCAACCACAUGUUGUUCGAGGUGGCCACCGAGGUGGCCAACCGCGUGGGUGGGAUCUAUUCCGUCCUCAAGUCCAAAGCUCCCGUCACUACGGCGGAAUACGGCGAGCGGUACACCUUGAUCGGCCCCCUCAACAAGGCGUCGGCCGCCGUCGAGGUGGAAGAGCUGACCCCGACUAACCCGGCGAUGCGGGAGACCAUCCAAUCCAUGAAGGAACGCGGAAUUGAGAUGAUCUACGGUCGCUGGCUCAUUGAGGGUGCGCCUCGGGUGCUCCUCAUUAACACCGGGACCGGUUACAGGUGGCUGGAUGAAUGGAAGGGGGAUCUGUGGACCAACUCGGCCAUCCCGUCCCCGGCCGCCGAUAACGAAACCAAUGAGGCCAUCGUGUUUGGAUAUUUGGUCGCCUGGUUCUUGGGUGAGUACAUUGCCCAUGAUCGUCGCCGCGCCGUGAUCGCCCAUUUCCAUGAAUGGUUGGCUGGUGUGGCGCUGCCACUGACGAAGAAGCGGCACAUGGACUUGACCACCAUCUUCACCACGCACGCCACGUUGUUGGGUCGCUAUCUUUGUGCGGGCUCGGUUGACUUCUACAACAACCUCCAGUACUUUGAUGUGGAUGCGGAGGCAGGGAAGCGGGGAAUCUACCACCGCUACUGCAUUGAGCGUGCAGCCACUCACAGCUGUGAUGUCUUCACCACAGUGUCGCACAUUACCGCAUUUGAGAGUGAGCACUUGCUGAAGCGGAAGCCCGAUGGCGUGUUGCCCAAUGGCCUCAACGUGAAGAAGUUUUCUGCCAUGCACGAGUUCCAGAACUUGCAUUCGCAGGCCAAGGAGAAGAUCAAUGACUUUGUUCGGGGUCAUUUCUAUGGCCACAAUGACUUUGAUCUCGAUAACACCCUUUACCUCUUCACCGCCGGUCGGUAUGAGUUCCGUAAUAAGGGCGUUGAUAUGUUCAUUGAGGGUCUUGCUCGUCUGAACCAUCGCCUGAAGGCCGUCGGGUCGACCAUGACCGUGGUUGCCUUUAUCAUUAUGCCUGCCCAGACCUCCUCUUUGACAGUGGAGUCCCUCAAGGGACAGGCCGUGGUCAAGUCUCUGCGCGACACCAUCGAGAACAUUGAACAAGGCAUCGGCAAGCGCAUGUACGAGCGUUGUCUUUCUUGGAAGGAAGGCGACAACAUGCCCGAUGAGAAGGACCUGAUUACCAGCCAGGACCGUGUCAUGCUCCGGCGUCGUCUGUUCGCCAUGAAGCGCCAUGGCCUGCCCCCAAUUGUUACCCACAACAUGCACAAUGACCACGAGGAUCCUAUCCUGAACCAGCUUCGCCGCGUCCAGCUGUUCAACCAGGCUUCCGACCGAGUCAAGAUUGUCUUCCACCCCGAAUUCCUCAGCUCUGCCAACCCCGUUCUCCCAUUGGAUUAUGAUGACUUUGUCCGCGGAACCCAUCUGGGUGUCUUCCCCUCCUACUAUGAGCCCUGGGGAUACACUCCCGCCGAGUGUACCGUGAUGGGUGUCCCCAGUAUCACGACUAACCUCUCCGGAUUCGGUUGUUACAUGGAGGAAUUGAUUGAGAACUCCUCCGACUACGGAAUCUACAUCGUGGACCGUCGUUCCAAGGGAGUGGAUGAUUCCGUCAACCAGCUGACCGAGUUCAUGUUCAACUUUACCGAGAAGAGUCGCCGUCAACGUAUCAACCAGCGUAACCGAACCGAGCGCCUGAGUGAUUUGCUUGACUGGAAACGCAUGGGCUUGGAAUAUGUCAAGGCUCGCCAGCUUGCCCUGAGAAGAGGUAUGAACCUUGCCCCUACCCAUGGAAAGCCUAUCUUGGGGGCGAUGACUAACUCGACAAUAGCUUACCCGUCCUCUUUCGAGGGUCAAGAGGAUUACUUCGACAUCAUUGGAGGAACCGAACAGAAGAUCUCCCGCCCGCUUUCCGUUCCGGGAUCACCCCGGGAUCGCUCCGGAAUGAUGACCCCCGGUGACUUUGCUUCCCUGCAGGAGGGGCACGAAGGCCUGAGCACCGAGGAUUACAUCGCCUGGAAGUUGCCUGAGGAAGAGGAGCCCGAGGAGCACUUCCCACUUACUUUGCGUACCCGCAAGACCAACGACCGUGCCCAAUCCCCGCUGGACAGCAUAUCCAUCAACGGCCGCCAACCCAGCGAGAGUCCGAAAUAG